AUGGCACAGGGAGCACCUGUAGCAUGUGGUCGUUGUCGAGAACGUUUUUGGACUAAUGAAGGACUUGAGCGCCAUAUGCUUAUGUCUCAUCAUCUUGUAACUAAUGAUUUGCUAAAAAAAGCACAAAACAAAAAUGAUGGCUGUUGCUGCAAAUUGUGCGGGAAGACAUAUUCAUUCAAUAUUUUACAACAUAUGAAUCUUGAGCAUAAUGUUAAACUGUGCUCUGCUGAAAUAAUGUAUUGUUGUGAUGUUUGUGCUUUUAAGAGCAAUUCAUAUCAAAAAUUGGAGACUCACAUUUCUGAACAACAUCCAAAAACACGUUAA